UUAGUUAGGAGUGCUGACCUCCUGGAGACUCUCCAGUCCCUGCCCUCAGGACCCCUCUAAUCAUGUCCACUCCACCCUGGUGGGUGUGUGUUUGGGAUCCCACUAAUCAUGGGCACUCUACCCUUGGGUCUGUUAUGGCCAGGCACUGGGGACUGUACUAUGACAGACUUGUCUCGGAACCGGUUUCCCGAGGUGCCUGAGGCAGCUUGCCAGCUGGUGUCCCUGGAAGGCCUGAGCCUCUACCACAAUUGCCUGAAAUGCCUGAACCCAGCCUUGGGGAAUCUUACAGCCCUCACCUACCUCAACCUCAGCCGGAACCAGCUGUCGUCGUUGCCGUCCUACAUCUGCCAGCUGCCCCUUCGAGUACUUAUCAUCAGCAACAACAAGUUAGGAGCCUUGCCUCCAGACAUCAGCACCUUAGGAAGCCUGCGGCAGCUUGAUGUGAGCAGCAAUGAGCUGCAGUCCCUGCCCGUGGAGCUGUGUAGCCUCCGUUCCCUGCGGGAUCUCAACGUUCGAAGGAACCAGCUCAGUACCCUGCCUGAUGAGCUGGGAGACCUUCCUCUGGUCCGCCUGGAUUUCUCCUGUAACCGCGUCUCCCGAAUCCCGGUCUCCUUCUGCCGCCUCAGGCACCUGCAGGUCGUUCUGCUGGAUAGCAACCCCCUACAGAGUCCACCUGCCCAGAUAUGCCUGAAGGGGAAACUUCACAUCUUCAAGUACCUAACAAUGGAAGCUGGCCGGAGGGGAGCCGCCCUCGGGGACCUGGUCCCUUCCCGCCCCCCAAGUUUUAGUCCUUGCCCUGCCGAAGAUUUAUUUCCGGGACGUCGUUAUGAUGGUGGCUUGGACUCAGGCUUCCAUAGCGUCGACAGUGGCAGCAAGAGGUGGUCAGGAAAUGAGUCCACAGAUGAUUUUUCAGAGCUGUCUUUCCGGAUCUCGGAGCUGGCUCGGGAUCCCCGGGGGCCUAGACAACCUAGGGAAGAUGGCGCUGGCGAUGGAGACCUGGAGCAGAUUGACUUUAUUGACAGCCACGUUCCUGGGGAAGAUGAAGAGCGAAGUGCAGCUGAGGAGCAGCUGCCUUCUGAAUUAAGCCUUGCAGCAGGGGAUGUGGAGAAGCCAUCUAGCAGCAGGCGAGAGGAGCCUGCAGGGGAGGAGAGGCGGCGCCCAGACACUUUGCAGUUGUGGCAGGAACGGGAGCGGAAGCAACAGCAACAGAGUGGGGGGUGGGGGUCCCCCAGGAAGGACAGCGUCCUGAAGCGGGGGAUCCGAGCUGCCGGGGCAGGUGCUUCAGCCCCAUCCACACAGGCCACCUGCAAUGGCCCACCAAAGUCCAGCACUACCCAACUGGGAGUUUCAGGGGGGCAGGGAGCUCCCACACCACCCCCCACCUCCCAGGACCCCCUUCCUGUAUCUGGACCAGUGACAGCUCCUGUUCCCAGGCCACUGGGCUCCAUUCAGAGACCAAACAGCUUCCUCUUCCGUUCCUCUUCUCAGAGUGGCUCAAGUCCUUCCUCUCCAGAGUCUGUUUUGAGACCUCGGCCGUUUCCUCAGGAGAAGGAGCUAAUAUCCCAACUUCGCCAGGUCCUAGAGUCGCGGCUGCAGCAGCCCCUACCUGAGGACCUGGCAGAAGCUCUCGCCAACGGGGUCCUCCUUUGCCAGCUGGCGAACCAGCUGCGGCCCCGCUCUGUACCCUUCAUUCAUGUGCCCUCACCUGCUGUGCCAAAGCUCAGUGCUCUCAAGUCUCGGAAGAAUGUAGAGAGUUUCCUAGAAGCCUGUCGGAAAAUGGGUGUACCUGAGGCUGACCUGUGCUCGCCCUCGGAUCUCCUCCGGGGCACCGCCCAGGGGCUGCAGACCGUCCUGGAGGCUGUGAUCCUGGUUGGGGGCAAGGCCCCUCUCCCAGUCCAGCCCUCCUCUGGUCUGGGUGGCUUCCUCCUCUUCUACGUGGUCUUCAUGCUGCUGCUCUAUGUCGUCUACACUCGGCUCCUGGGCUCCUAGGACCCACGUUGCCCUUUCCUUCCCCACCUUCUAUUUAUAAGACCUCCUGUCCAACCGGUGGUGCCUUCAGCCCUACCAAAGACACUAGUGUCCCCUCACCAACGCUGACCUCAGAAGCCCCACUCUCAUACCCACAAUACCCUUACCCUUAGUGCUGAUGGUGCCUUCAUGUUCUCCCGGCCAGCCCUCCGUCCCCCGUCGGAUGACAGGACUGUGGCUUUUCUCUUCUGUUCUCCCUCCCCCUACCGGCUGCUAUGGGGGAGCUAAAUUAUCUCUGUUUUGUAGAGAGAACUAUUAGCAGGGGAUGUGAGCCCAGCAUGGGCCCCUGGCUCUGUGUAUAAACUGUAUAGAUUGUCACCUCUGUGUGUGUGUGUGUGAGCUCCUGCUGCAGCCAGGUCUUGUCCUGCCUGGGCUACCUGCCUGUGCAAGCAUUUCCCUUUGGAAAUGACAGGCCUCUCCUGUCCCAGUCCCCUGUGUUAACCACCCUUCUGUUAUCUGCUGGCAGCUUCCAUGUGUCAUUUGUCCCCAGAUAUGGGGCAGUGUCUACCAGGAGUCCCCACCCUCUUAACCUUGCUGGGGGAAUUCGAGGGGAAAACUUAACCUGGGCCCCUCCCCCCAGGAGUCCCUGUGCCAGCCCCACCACAUCCUGGAAGAGGAAGGGGCCCCUGGAAGGGGCCUCCCUCACAUCGCUGCUGUCCUUCACGCACUUCUGGAACAGCCUUAGGGGUAGAGGUUGGGGGCUCUGGGCCCCAACUACCAUCGGACCUGUCCUGGGAGCAGAUGACACCUGGGCCCUGCCAAUUAACAAGGAUUUGGUGACCAUGGUCUUGUGUGUAGCACUGGCCUUGGGUAUCCCCUUGCCGUUAGGCUGCUUCGGGUACAGCCCCCAUCUGGGUGAAGAGCGUUGUGUCAAACACAAUAAAAAGAAGCCCA